AGAAAAGCCACAUGGCCUAAUAAUUUAUUAUUGCUGAUUGUGACAGAGAUCGAGAAUGAGCAGACAAACAGAAGUGUGUGGGGAGUUGGAUGAAGUGCUGAUGAAUGUGAUGGCCACUUUAGAUGAGCUGUCAGCCCUCAGAAAGAAGUACAGUGAUGCUGUAUCUGAGGGAUAUUUCUACAUGUCUCAAGCACGCCACACAAUGGGUGGACCAUCGACUGUUUCGUCUCUUCAAUAUGAUGCUAGAAUGGUAGCUUUGGUACGUCUGGAAUCUACCUUGAAAGUGGACACAUCGUAUGAUGCACUCACAAAGCUUGCCUCCAGUAAUGAACUGAGUAGUAGUAUAGACUUCCAGGUGAACAGACAGGAUCCUACCAAGCCCAGUCCGAAAGUCGUCAUCAAACAAUCUGACGAGAGUCAGCUUCGGCGAAGAAAUGUGGACAAAGGUUCAGUGGAAGAUGUCCCUCUCUCCAAGGAACCCCAGGAGACUGUGUUUGUCAAUGGCCAUGAUGAGGAAUGUACUGUGAGAGACCCUUUAAAGUGGUUUGGAGUGCUGGUUCCCCCCUACUUGCGUCGCUCCCAAGACCACUUCAAGCAAUGUGUUCUGUUAGCUGUCGAGUUGGCUGGAGCUCAGACAAAGCUGGAGACAUUUCGGAGGAGGUACAGAGAGCUAUUGAAAGAGAAGAAAGAACUAGUAGUUGGUGAAGACGUAACACAAAGAACGUAACACAAAGACAAUCACUGAGACUGCAUUAGCUAGUUGUGUUGUAUAGUGUGUGCUGUGUAUGUGCAUUGGCAAGUCAUCCUUUUUAUCAAUCAUGAUGA